CGGUUGCAGAGCAUGCAGCUGAUUCACGUUUAUCUACUAACAGUUAAGUUGUAAGAUGGCGGCGCGGUGGGGAACAGGCGAGGAGAUGUUAAAAGCCUGUAAUAGUCAAAUGUUCUCAUCGGAGAGUCUCGAUGAGGCAGAGAUGCUUCAGGGAAGUUUCUCUGGCAGCUUUCUGGAGUAUCACAGCCUUAAUAACGGAGACACUCUGGAGGCUUUACAUGGUUGCCUGGAUCCUUCUAUUCUGUCCAUUUUUGAGGACAGCCCCACUGGAGAAGUUAAAAGUAAUAUUGAUGAGGCAAGUGAAGCAACGCUGCUUACAGCUCUUACCGAGGUACUUGACAAUGUUGACGAUGAGAACUUGUCACCUUUUGACACUCUACCAGAUUCAGACUUUUUCUCAGGACAGAGGGGUCAGGAACAUUCACCGUUGAGGAAAUUUCUUUCAAGGUCUCCCACAGAAAAAGAGUCCAUCAUUCACACAAGACAAUUUCCUGGAAAGAAUCUCCCACGAAUGCAGAGAGCAUCUCAGCAGAAUAGUGAAGGAGAAGAGGAGGAAGAUGGAGAUGCUAGUUUGACACCCAUAUCCAGUAUUGAUUUGUUGUCAUUGGAUGAGUUUGAUUGGUGCCUUCCUGUCUCCUUCGAGCAGCAUGGAGAAAGCAUGCCUGUUUCUCUUAGUGAUUUAGUAAAACACAUACACCCUUACUGCAUGACAGUAUGUGUUGAAGAGGGACAAGAGCAUCUUCUGCCUGAACAGGGCAUUGUGCUGGAAGUGGUUGAUCAAGGAGAGUAUGGAGAACCCAUCCUGGCAAUCCCAGAUCUCAGCCUUUCUUUUCCUGUUUUUCACUCCGACUUGAUAGAAGGUGAGCAAAGAGUCCCAGAGAAGAACAUGGCUGAAUUAGAAGCAAAGAUUAAGGAUGGUUCUGAAAAUGUACUCCCUCCUCCUGAAGUAUCUCCAGUUGAGCAGGAGAAACUGGUUGUCAAGGUGUACAGAAAUGAGUCUAACUCAAGAGGUGGAAAGAACCAGAAAAGCAUUGAAUCCCCUUCAGUCGAAAAGAGUGUUUUGAGAAGCUCAUCUUUACGAGUUAAAGAGGAGUCACAGAAGAAACCGGAAAAGCACAAGAAGAAAAAGGUGACUUUUUCUCCUGUGCUUUCAUCAGCAGAAACUGAGAAGCCUAAACUUAAAAAUUCAGCAGGGUUUGUCAUCAGGCUUGAGCCACAGGUUGAUAAAGAGCGCAUCAUGACCGAUCAAGCUGAUUCAACAAUCACUAAGUCCAAGCCAGAGGGCAAACCUUUGCCAAGUGCAUUAAAUCUUGAAAAAUCUGUCAACGUAGAACUGCCCUCAAAAGAGGAGCCUGUUAGUAUGCAGCCUGCUGUUUGUCAGCGUAGUGAACUUAAGCCCAAAGCACUCAGUUUACAGCAGUACCGUCUCCUACGCCAGCAGAAGAAACCAGACCCAGUGAAUAAGUUGGAGGAUAACAGCACGAAAUGGCCCAAGUUGCCCGAAGCACCAAAGGACCUCCCUCCAAUACCCUGCCUGCCAGAACCCAACCCCAGACAUGUACGCAAAACCUUCUCUACUCCUGUUAAGGAUCUUGCCCCUGAAAUCAUGCCAGCAUGGCACCCAAGAGGCCCAGCUGCUCCCCCAACACCUGAAGCCUUGCUCGUCCCACCAGCAUCAAUGAUGGCUUCCUCUAAGAAACCGGUGUCCUCUAAAUCAGCCUCUCUGCCUGCCUGUACAUCUUCUGAAAGUUCACCACAAAUUGUCCAGCCCUUUACAUCAACCUCAUCCCAGAAACGACCUACAGAAACUUCACCCUCAUUUGUCUCACCUGAAAAACUACCUGCUCCUACCAGCAUUCAAGAAAACACUAUUAAGAGUGAGACCUCCCACCCUGCAAGGGAUGAAGCUGCAAAGCAGAAGCCUCCCGAAAGGACAGUUUUGGUACCAGUGUCCUCUACAUCCAGUCCCAAAGAAUGUUUACAUAGUAACUCUAGUGCUGCUCAUGUGGUAGAAGAUGUGCCAGUGGCUCUAUCUAAAGUUCAAGAUCCCUCAAGGCCUGAAAGUCCUACCACAACUCAAAUUCACAGCUUCAACUCUACCCCUCAUAAACUUAUUGCUGCUAUGCCUCUAAAGACAAAGACUGAGCAGGUUGUUUUGGCACAUCAAGCAAAAUCCACUCUGCCAUCUAAUUCUAAAAAGCUGGCUUCACGGUCGCAGCCUCAUGUUGCACCAAUAGCUGCUCAGCCUUUUUUCUCUGCUCAAGUUCAAGCCAGAGUUGUUGAACUGGCAGAGCAGAUGAGGAUGGCUUCUUCUGAGAUCACCAAACCAAAGAAAACCACUGAUCUCAUUGAAUCAUUCACAUGUGAAAUUGGUAUUGAGGCUGCUGAUCUUACAAGCCUCUUGGAGCAGUUUGAAGAGUCUCAAUCCAAAGAAGAGCAAAGUGUUCCGGAGGUCUGUGGUAGAGCAGCUGCUGUAGGAAACUCCAGGUUUGAACAGCAGGUGGAGACUAAGGCCCUGGAGAAAACGACUAAUCAUGACCUGGGCAGCACAGCAGGCAUUACACCUCCUGCCACACCCCCACACCAGAUGUGGAAGCCUAUUGCACCAGUUGCUAUACUAGGGAAACCCAAGAAGUCAGAGGUCCAUAAAUCAACCCCUAGCAAGGCUAUUCAAAUAGAGGCAAAACCACUACCUUCAAAUAAGCUGCCCAGCAAGUCUCAGACCCCUACUACCUUUGGGCAGACUCAGCCUUUCUCCCUCGACCACGACUACUGUCUCCCUCCGAAGGAACCCCACCUUUAUGAAGUUGGUAAUCGGUGGAAUGUCAAACAACAACCUAGCAUCAUCAUUAAGACCAUUGAGCUGCCCUCCAACAAAGUAGUCCAGCACAGUGUCUCAAAAGCUCAAUCAACUCCAUCGGUUACGGAGGGAACUAAAAGAAAUAUCAACCAUAGUCAACCUUCUGUGGACAGGAAAUGCACUGAGAUAGAUGCAUUAAAUAGCUCCGUUUUGGUGACUCCAGAUGCCUCUCCAAACAGGCCUGAGUCUGAAAGCCCAUUACUGGAUGAAGCAAAAUGCAACCAGAAGAAACCUCUAGCCUACUCUAUGUGUUCUUCCAGGCAAUACCAGCAGGAGAGAGGCCGCGCAAGACGAAGAUAUAGAGAUCAGUCCUCCACUAGCUCUGAAUCCAGCUCCGAGUCGUCCUCCAUAUCACAUUCGCCACCUAGGAAAAGAUACAGGUCUCGCCACUCAAGUAGUAGAUCCAGUUCGCCGUCUUGUUCUCGAUCCAGCUCCAGGUCUUUUUCCCCACCCUGCCGGAGACGAUAUUCCUACUCAAGCUCAUGCUCUGAAUCCUGGAGCCGCAGCCGCUCUCGUUCCAGAUCCAGCUCUUUUGAUUCACAUAGACAUCAGUAUUGGACAAGAAAAAGAAGCCCUAAUGAGAGGUCUGGUUACUGCCAUUCACAAAAUUCCAAUGAAGAUAUGAAAAGACGCAAACAGAAAGCCAUUGAGGAAAGGAGAAUAGUUUAUGUUGGACGAAUCCGUGGAACCAUGACACGUAAAGAGCUGAAAGAACGCUUCUCAUACUUUGGAGAGAUUGAGGAGUGCACUGUGCACUUUAGAGAAAAUGGGGACAACUACGGCUUUGUUACUUACUAUAGCACAAAAGAUGCAUUUGACGCUAUUGAGAGUGGAGGCAAACUGAGGCAGCCGAAUGAGCUUCCAUUUGACCUGUGCUUUGGAGGCAGGAGGCAGUUUUGCAAGACAAAUUAUGCUGAUCUUGAUUCAAACAGGGAGUACAAUACAAUGCCUACAAAGGGAAAACUUGAUGCACUAGACUUUGACACUUUACUCAAGCAGGCACAGAGGAACCUGAAAAGGUAGCAAAGCCGCAGAAAAGUAUUACCUCGGAGCAAAAUGCUGCCCCACACUUCCAGUGUUUCUUCUCAAUUACUGUUUUUGUCUGUUUGGUUUUUCUCUCGUUUUUGUUUCUGCAAGUUUACACCUUCUAUUGAAGUGAAGAUUUGUAAGAAAAUGAAAAGUGAAAAAAAAAAAAAAGAUUAUGAAAUGUAAUUAAGACUGUGGAAUGAAUAAUAGGAUUUAUUUCUUUUUUUUUUAAAGGAUACAAUUUAUUUAAAUGUUUAAUCUGACUUGUCAUAUGUUGGAUACAUUUUAAAACAAUUUGAAUGGAAACAUUGUUUGGGGAAAAACAGACUUACAAUGUUGAAAAUUUAUUUCAACCUAAAUAAACCUUAAAAGGAA